UCUUUACGCUGGUAGAAGACUGUUAGCAUCUCAAGUCUUCAUUCCUUGUUCUCCUGAUCUCUAUGUCCAUGUUAAACUUAAGCCAACAACAACUCUUUGCUUAGCUCCCUAAAUUAUCCAUGUUGAAACAACUUUGCUUCGUUCUGUGAAAUUGUGUAAUAAUCCUCUGAGUUAUAUAUAUUUUACAGAACAUAUGGAGAAUAUAUGCGUAUUCUCUAUCACAAUCAUAUCAUCCCUCCUACUUACUCCUCUUCUUCCUGUGGCUCUCUCUUUAUCAUUCGAAUUCCCGCGAUUUGAUCAAAACUGUUCCAACAUAUUUCUCCAUGGAGAUGCGACAUGUUCCAACGGAACAGUGGAUUUUAACAUUAUUGAAUACUCUCUCCGUGUUGGUCUGAUCACCUAUGAUAAGAAGGUGCGCCUUUGGGAUAAAAAUUCGGGAAAUGUUUCAGAUUUUUCAACUCAUUUCACUUUUGUGAUCGACACCUUAAAUAGAACACCAGGCUCUUAUGGUCACGGGUUAGCAUUCUUCAUCGCUCCUGUUGGUUUUCAAAGUCCACCUAACUCAGCUACUGUCUUUCUGGGUCUUUUUAAUGAUACAACAUCUAACUCCUCUAGUAACCAAAUGAUUUUGGUUGAGUUUGAUUCGUUUAUUAAUACACAUGAUGAGCCUUUAUUUGAGCAUGUUGGUAUCAACAUAAACUCCCUUACUUCCUCGAUUUAUGCGCCUUGGAAUGCUAGUGAGCAUAGUGGUAAUGUAGCCGAUGUUUGGAUCGAUUAUAAUGCCACUACUAGGAAUUUGAGCGUGUUCUGGUCAUACCCGAAUGAGCCUGAUUCUAGAGCAAAUUCUAGUCUUGUUUGGCCAAUUGAUCUACCUCAGGUCAUCCCUGAAUGGGUUAGCAUUGGUUUUUCAGCUUCAACUGGGACAGUUAUUGAGCGACAUACUCUUCAUUCAUGGGAGUUUUAUUCUAGCUUGGAGGUAACCGAUGAGCUGGAUGGUACUCAUAAUAUUCACAAGAAGAAACGACUCGAAGAUUGGCUGAGUUGGAUUGUGCCAUUAUGUGCUUUAAUUUUCUUACUAGGGGGAAUAGCAAUUUUCUUUCUAUAUAGAAAGAGGAAGCAGAUGCAAAAGAAAAAAGAAGAGGAAAACUUGUUCAAUGAUGAAGUUGAGAGAGGAGUUGGGCCAAGAAGAUUUUCCUACUCAGAGCUUGAUUCAGCUACUGACAAUUUCUCAAGUGAACAAAAAGUUGGUCAAGGAGGGUUUGGAGGCGUUUACAAAGGUUAUCUUAGUGAUCUAAAUAUACCAAUUGCUGUUAAAAGAUUUUUGAGAGGGUCUAAACAAGGAAAAACGGAAUAUAUCACUGAGGUUAGGAUUAUUAGUAGGUUGAGACAUCGUAAUUUAGUGCAACUUAUUGGUUGGUGCCAUGAUAAAGGUGAAUUUUUACUUGUGUAUGAGUUCAUGCCAAAUGGGAGCUUGGAUGCCCACCUAUUUGGUAAAAAGGCUCCGCUUUCAUGGCCUACUAGGUACAAAAUAACUCUUGAAUUAGCUUCAGGAGUGCUUUAUCUGCACGAGGAAUGGCAUCAAUGUGUAGUGCAUCGAGACAUAAAGUCUAGCAAUAUAAUGCUAGAUUCUAAUUUCGACGUCAAGCUUGGGGACUUUGGUCUGGCCACGCUAAUGGACCAUGGGCAUAGUACCACCAUAGGAACUCUUGCUGGAACUUACGGAUAUAUGGCCCCUGAGUACAUUGCCACGAGAAAGGCUAGUAAAGAAACAGAUGUAUAUAGUUUUGGUGUAGUCGUUUUGGAGAUUGCUACCGGAAAGAGAUCAAGAAAUCUCAUAGAUGGCGAAAAUCAAAACUGCUUAGUACAGUGGGUGUGGGACCUCUAUGGAAAUGGUGAGCUACUUUCAGCGACAGAUAAAAGGCUUGUGAUGGAUUCUAAUGCUAAAGAAAUGGAGUGUUUAUUGCUUGUUGGCCUCUGGUGUGUGCAUCCUGAAUACAAUAUGAGGCCAUCAAUAAAGCAAGCAAUUCAAGUUCUUAACUUUGAAGCGACUUUGCCGAGUAAUUCACUUAAAAGGCCUGCUCCGAUGACUUACAAGUCUAGUCCUUCAUGUAGCUCUUAUGCCCCUUCAUUGAUUCUUACAAGCCUUGAUAUUGGUCGCUAAAUCUAUCUUAUUAAUGUCUUAGCUUCCGUAAUAUAUGUACUCAUAGGUUCUUAGCAUUUUAAAUCAUAGUGUAAGGGGUAAAACAUGCAGUUUAAAAUUUCAAUUCAUCAAAUAUUUAUACUUUAAAUUGUAAAUUUUAUGUUUUUGUAUAAUGUGUGUUGAACAAGUUCUAGUAUUAUUCAUAUUUAUUUUGUUGAAGGAUAGAAAAGGUCCUAAGCCCAUGUUGUAAGGCCAAGGGCCAAACUUAAAGUCUGCUAGCUAUUCUACUCUUUUGUUUGUAGUGUGUGUGUUAUUGUGUGCCAUACUUUUGUCGUUUAGCAGCGACCUUUCUAAUGAUUCCUAGGGUUUGGUAAGGGGUCACUUCUCUAGGAAGAUUGCCUACUAUAAAUG